AAUACAUUAGAUGACGCUACUUGAAUCGAAUUCAAGCCGUGCGCUAUACUCGCAAAUAUUUAUUUUGAAAAUUUGAGUGUAGCGAGACGCCGCAGUCCGCAGGCCGGGCAUAGAGCACGGAGAGGUCAUGCGGUCGACGCACGACGUAAACAACAGUCGUCCCGAGAUAGUUCGCUCGAUCAUCGCAGAAACAUUAGUUGUUGAUGGAUAAUCCCUAGUGAGAAGGAUGGAUUCAAGUGAUUUAUUUAACCGCGCCGUCAGGGUGAAAGAGGAGCCUAUCGAUGAGUCGCUUAUUCAAUAUAAUGGAAAAAUGAUGGACGAGAAACCAGAUCUUAAAAACUUACAACUCUUGACAUUUCCGUCGGAAAAUUCAACUCGUACCAUUCGAAAAUGUAACAUUAAACUUGAAAAUGAACUCGAUGACGAAGUGGAAAUAGUUGUUGAAUGCGAAAACGUCAAGCCUUACAUUCAUUUAUUGGCAGUCAACAAAGUUGAAGAAGACUCUCAAAAUUUUUUGCAGGAUAUGAAAGAUACUGAUGGUUGUAAAACUCGAAAAAUAAUUAAAGUGGAACCCGUGGGUGAAAUAAUGCAACAGAAAUUUGUUGGCUUCGCCGCGGAAGAGUCAAAUUUGAAUUUAAACUGUGAACUUAAGGAACGAAGCAAAAAGAGAAGAAUUGAAAAAAGCGAGCAUAACCUCAAAAUGCACAUCGGUACGACGCAGAACGAUAAAUAAAAACUCUCGGAUGUGGAACAUGCGAAAAAAAGUUUUCAAGUAAAGUUUAUCUCAAAAAAAAUAUCGA